AUGAAUCUCAAAAUAGCGGUUUCUCAGUCAACCCAAAUUUUGCCUUCAGUUGAAAAACAUACGAGGAAUACGAUAAAGACACUUUUCCAAUUUCUCCACGCUCAAGGCCAGGGCGAUUAUCUCGGCGAAAGAGUCACCCAAUUGGCUCAUUCUCUUCAAUGCGCGAAUCAUGCAGCUCAAUCUGCACAAUGCGGACAGGAUCCUGAAGUCAUUCUUGCCGCAUUGCUUCAUGAUGUUGGCCGCUUCAUUCCUGCCGCGGAAAAGAUGGGAAAGAUGAUCACGCCGGAUGGUCAUUAUAUUGGACGACAAAGUCAUGAAAUUCUUGGCGAGUCUUAUCUACGUCAGAUCGGGUUCAGUGAAAGGAUCUGUCAGCUUGUCGGGGCUCAUGUUAUGGCGAAGCGAUAUCUCGUUGCUACAGACAAGACCUAUCAUGAUGGGCUUAGUGAGACAAGCAAGAAAACUCUCCGGUUCCAGGGUGGAGGUUUCACCGAUGAGGAGGUUCUCGAAGCUCAAAAGGAUCCUUGGCUUGGAGAGAAAAUAGCCGUCCGUAGGUGGGAUGACCUAUCAAAGGAUCCGGAUAUUCUUGUGCCUGCACUUGAGGCCUACGAAGAGAUCGCAUAUGAAUGCCUACUAGAAUCCCGAGGAAAAUUCAAGCUUCACUCCAGGGAGUACCGCAUUCCGAGUAAGCCCACCGUUGUCAUAUGCAUCGAUGGGUUCGACCCGCAGUAUCUCGAGUCCGCUUUUGAGAGAGGCCUGUUACCGACAUUCAAGAAGUUCGUUGAUUAUGGAUUCCAUUCCACAGCGAAAAGUUGCAUGCCCUCUUUUACCAAUCCGAACAAUGUAUCCAUCAUCACUGACGGGGAGGAGAAGAUGAUAACCGAUGACUCGCUUCUGAGAGGAUCUACUCUACUCGAGCAGAUGCAUCAACGCGGUGUGCGUAUCGCUGCUAUCACUGCCAAGGAUAAGCUGUGGAGAAUCCUGGGACAUGGUCUUAACAAGGGUGCCAUUUGCUUUUCGGCCGAGCAUGCGGCUGAUUGUACGCUUGAAGAUAACGGCAUUGAUAAUGUGGAGGAAUGGCUAGGUCAACCUGCUCCAAGCCAAUAUUCAGGAGAGCUGUCCCUCUUUGUCCUCGACGCGGGAAUAAAAUUACUCCAGGAAGGACGAUCGGACUUUCUUUAUCUUACGCUGUCUGACUACAUUCAGCACAAGUAUCCACCUGGAAGCAAAGAGGCGGAUGCAUUCAUGGGCUCAAUUGACGAGCGACUUCAUACACUUGCUGGUCUUUCUCCUAUCAUCGGGGUCACCGGAGACCAUGGAAUGAGCCAAAAGUCGAAUAGUGAUGGCGAACCCAAUGUCCUCUUUCUGGAAGAAGUCAUCAACAAUGAAUUUGGAUCAGAGUUCUCCAGGGUCAUCUGCCCGAUAACGGAUCCAUUCGUUCGGCACCAUGGCGCGCUUGGCUCAUUUGUCCGAGUCUAUUUGAAAGAUAUCACGAACUUGCAGUCCGUACUCUCCUUCUGCCGCGCUAUCCCCGAGGUUGAGGAGGCUUUGAGCGGACCCGAUGCAGCGAACAAGUACGAGAUGCCGCUUGAUCGCGAAGCUGAUAUUGUCGUCAUAUCGAAGGACUUUGCAGUCAUUGGAAGUAAGAAGUCUGAUCAUGAUAUUUCUAAGGUCAAGGAUCACCCCCUGCGUUCUCAUGGCGGUCUGAGUGAACAGAAUAUUCCACUUCUCAUGUCGAAGGCCAUUAAAAGCACAGAUGAAAAGGCUAAUGGUUGGAGAAACUAUGAUGUUUUCGAUCUUGUUUUGAAUUUUUGUUGA